UGUAGCCCCUUCAACUUCCCCAGUUCCAUUGACAAUAAUAAAACAUUAAAUGCUCUAGGAAUAAGCAACCAUUAUUAGUCAAGUUCGCCCACAAUGCUGUUCCUUCAGAGUCUCAUGAAGAUUGCAGCACCAUCCUUUCUCAUCAUUGGUAUUUUCACUGGGCAAGUUUCAACACAGAGAGGAGAUGGCUGUGGUUUCACAGAUAGGUUGAGACAAGGGCCAAACUAUUUAUGAGCAAAACACAAGAGAUAUCCUGGCAUGGUUUAUUAGUAACCCAGACCUUCAAAACUGAGGACACUUGUUCCACUUUUAAGAUGCUUUGUGAUGAUGUAAAUACCUCAAAUACCUUGCUUAUUGAGCUAAGUGGUAUACACUAUAGAUCACAGCAUUUAUUUGCUUUGUGCUUAUGUUUCUGCUAAUACCUAUAUCCCUGGAUUACAGGUCGAAAGUUUAAGAAGUUUAAUAAGGUCAAAAUGCUACGAGCCUUAGACGUUGUCUCACUCCAACAACCAGCAGCCCUUCCAAAUGAAAGCCCAACUUUGGUGCAGAGGCUUUCUUUUUCACCAAGUCAAGACGUUCAAUUUAUCCCUCCACUGAUCACUGUCUUACAAAGCAUUGAGCCAGAAGUUGUCUACGCAGGUUAUGAUAACACAAAACCAGAAACUCCAAGUGCUUUGAUGACCAGCCUCAAUUACCUGUGUGAGAGGCAGCUCCUCUGUGUGGUCAAGUGGUCCAAGUCAUUGCCAGGAUUCCGGAACUUACAUAUUGAUGACCAGAUAACUCUUAUCCAGUAUUCAUGGAUGAGCCUAAUGGUCUUUGCAAUGGGAUGGAGGUCAUACAAACAUGUCAGUGGUCAAAUGCUAUACUUUGCUCCUGAUCUAAUAUUAAAUGAACAGAGGAUGAAAGAAUCAUCGUUCUAUUCCCUGUGCCUGUCCAUGUGGCAAAUUCCACAGGAGUUUGUCAAGCUACAAGUAAGCAGUGAGGAAUUCCUUUGCAUGAAAGCCCUGCUCCUCCUGAAUACAAUUCCUCUGGAAGGACUCAGAAGCCAAAAUCAGUUUGAUGAAAUGAGAUCCAGUUAUAUCAGAGAGCUGGUCAAGGCAAUUGGGUUGCGACAGAAAGGGGUUGUAGCCAGUUCUCAACGUUUCUACCAGCUCACAAAGCUUAUGGACUCCAUGCAUGAUCUUGUGAAGCAACUUCACUUAUACUGCCUCAACACAUUUCUUCAGUCUCGGGCGCUGAGUGUUGAAUUCCCAGAGAUGAUGUCAGAAGUGAUUGCUGCACAACUUCCAAAGAUACUGGCAGGAAUGGUGAAACCGCUUCUCUUUCACAAAAAGUGACUUGCCUCUCCAUCUGUCUAUCCACAAUCCCACUCUUCCACCCCCAUCUCUGGCUCUCUUUCUCAUCAUUUGUAGAGAUAACAUACACAAGUUGUGUAUUUUUAACAAUUGUUGGAGAUUAUUUUGGGAGGAUGAGAUUUUGCAGUGUUGGAAUAUUCUCAGUUCUGUGUCACUUCAUAUGCCUACCAUUUUAUGUAUUAGACCUGGAUUCAGUCAUAUUUAGAGAAGACCCAUUGAAUCAAUGGGACAGAGGUCAGUCAUGGAUCAGUUAUUUACACUGAUUUCAUGGACCUGUUUGGAAUCUGGCCAAAUCUAGAACCCCGUCCACUCUCCCUGCAAACCUUUACUUGCUGAGCCUCAUCAUCCUUUGUUCCUUUGCAAGUCUUUUUCCCCCCCAAGGCAUGACCAAUAUUUGUCAUAAGAAAUGUUUUAUAAUAGGCCUGAUUAAAUUUCUGCUCAGAUAUCCAUUUGAAAUCAGUUUUUUUUUUAAGAACAGGAAGUCACCUUGUACAUUUUCCCUUCAUAUUAUUCAUUUUUAAAUUGCUAUAAUGGAGUAAAACUUCAGCUUUUAUUACAU